ACAAACUCUACUGCAUGUGGACUGUUGUUGCAAACACAUGUUGCUAAUUUAUUGUUUUCAUCUACCUUACUCGCCAUCGCUGUUCAGUCGGAGCACAGCAGUCUUGGUGACUGUAGGCGAUGGAGGAAGAGGAUGAAGGUGAUCCUUGCUUCACCCUAGACUUGUCUUCGUUGAUAUCCUUGGCGGAUUGGCAGAGUCUUAGCACUGCAGAAUGCCAGGCCAAGUUGGUGGAGCUGCUUGUAACUGAUACAGCUGUGGAGGCGAUAUGUGUGUGCUGUCGUCCCAUUCUUCCUGAUCUUUGUGGACGACUGCUGUCCUAUUGCAAGUCAAGGACACACAUCAGCCCGCAGCAACAUCUUGGGAUCUGCUGCGCUUUGUCCAAGGUUCUGGUUGCCUCUCCCAACCUUUUAGGUUUUGUGCUCAGGUACUUUGAAGAUGCGCCGGCACCAUUCAACUGCCUUGAAAAUGUCAACCUGCAGUCAGUGCUUGUCACCUGUCUCAGGUUCCUUCGAUGUGCAGAAAGUACCUUUGCCAGAAAGUGGAAUUGGCAUAAGCUUUUGCCGUCAAUGACCCAUCAUGAUCCGAUGAUUUCUUGGUAUACGCUGUCGGUGUGCUCCAUCGUCUUUGGCUUGUCAGAUGCCAGAGUUGAUGUUAUGCGGAGCAAAUUCCUGCCUAACGAGCAUGCGAAAUUCAGAGUUCAAGCUCUGUUUGAGCAGGAACGAGAGGAGAGAGAACUCCGCAAACAAGCCUGCGUGAAACCACGUAGCUCUGGCCCAGCGCCAUGCAUAGUACAAGUAUCUCGCACCGAUCUGCAUCCUUUAACGGUCUGUGUUGGAGAUGUGCUGUUAUGUCGCCGGAGCUCUUCUUUAGAUAUGCUACAUUCUCAUCAUCUAGUCCAAGUGGCAUCCACAAGUAAUGCACUGUCCGAGAUUGCACGUGCCGUCAACAAAAGUGAGCCUGUUCUCCUGGAGGGUGCCGUGGGUGUUGGCAAGACAUCUCUUGUUGACUACCUGGCAGCAGUCACUGGCAAUGGCAAGGCUUUGGUCAGUGUGCAGCUUAGUGACCAGACUGACAGCAAGAUGCUCAUUGGUAGCUACUGCUGUACGGAUAUGCCCGGACAGUUUGUAUGGAGACCAGGCGUGCUCACACAGGCGGUGAAGGAAGGUACCUGGAUCAUCCUGGAGGACAUCGACACCGCUCCCAUGAGUGUGAUUUCACUACUGCUCCCGCUGCUGGAGAGCCGUACCCUGACAUUGCCAGGCCAUUCGCAGAGCCUGACAUGUGCCACAGGCUUCCAGAUGUUCAUCACUCGAAGGUGCCGUGGCAUCAGCUCAGGCACCACUGUCGGGACAGGUCUGAUAGAGAAACUGUGCACGCUUGUGAAAGUGGCAGCUUUGUCCGCCGAGGAGUUGAAGACGGUUGUUGAUGCUUCAUUUGAAGCACUCCAAGUAAUCAGCAGCCGUCUUGUUGAGGUUUUCCACUCACUUCUGGAAAUGAACACUACAUCGUCACUAUCAGCUCUGGUGACAUCUGGUGGAGCUUUAGCCAAUCGACGUCAGUUCUCGCUGCGAGAUUUCAUGAAGUGGUGUUCUCGACUGAAUGUACUUGCUGAUCAGGUGCCUUCAAUUGCAACCGCUGGUAAAGAAGUGUUUCAGGAGGCUUUGGAUUGCUUCUGUGCAUCUGUGUCAUCGCCAGAAGUGUAUCCUGAAGUCGCUGGUCGCAUUGCCACUCUUCUCGGAAUCACAAAACCAGAGGUGCAGUACUAUUGCAAGACGCACACGCCGGCUGUGCAGGCCGCAGCCACAUGCGUUCACGUCGGUCGCUCAACGAUGAUCGUGAAUGAAAUCCAGAAGCCAGUCACAUUGACCAGUGGCAUCGUGCGAUACCAUGCGUACACCCGCCCUACUGUUGUUUUGUUGGAACAACUCGCUGGCUGCGUCACACACAACGAGCCUGUUCUGCUGGUGGGAGAAACGGGCACAGGAAAAACGUCCACUGUGCAGCACUUGGCUGAGCUUUCUGGUCAUGAGCUGGUCGUCAUCAACCUCAGUCAGCAAACAGACAGCUCAGAUCUUCUGGGAGGCUUCAAGCCAGUCAGUCUUCAGCACUUGAUUCGUCCAUUCAAGCAAGACUUUGAGCAAUUGUUUCGCCUCUCCUUCUCUGUUAAAAAGAAUGCUAAGUUUCUGCGUCACGUUCAGGAAAGCUUCUCGAAAGAGAACUGGGAGAUUCUUUUCCAACUGAUGGGUCAUACCAUCAAGGCAACACUAGCGAAACAGAAUGCCGAAGGCCUACACGAUCAGUGGCAAGAUCUGAGCAGACGGCUCGGUCGCUUGCAGGAGCAGCUCAAGCGUGGUGCUGGUGCUUUUGUUUUCGCCUUUGUUGAGGGAAAACUAGUGGAUGCAGUUCGUAAGGGGCAUUGGUUGCUCCUGGACGAGAUCAACUUGGCCAGCCCAGACACACUGGAAUGUUUGAUCAGCUUGAUGGAACCCAAUGGCUCCAUUCUGUUGAUGGAGAAGGGAGAUCUUCAGCCUGUACAUCGCCAUCCUGACUUUCGACUAUUUGCUUGCAUGAACCCAGCCACAGAUAUCGGCAAACGCAACCUGCCCGUCGGCGUUCGCAACCGAUUCACGGAGCUGUUUGUUGCUGAGCUUGAGAAGGCUGCAGACUUAGAGCACCUGGUUCAUGAGUACUUGCGCCGUGUAACCGUUGGUCACACUCGCGCGUAUGUUGGAGGUGUUGUCAGGUUUUACUUGGCUGCAAAGAAAGCAGCAGAAGAGAAGUACACUGAUGGAACCGGUCAUCGUCCGCACUAUAGCUUGCGAACACUGUGCAGAGGACUGCGGCUUGCUUCAUGUAACCUUUAUGGAUCAAUGGAAAGAAGCUUGUUUGAGGGAUUGCUGUUCAGUUUCUUGACCCAGCUCGAUCGCCAAUGGCAUCCUGCAUUGAGCAAGCUGAUCCACCACCAUGUCCUGCCGGACACCAAGAUUGAUACUCUGAUCAAACACAGCUUACCUAUGCCCACAACGGCCUUGCCCACAGAUAAGUUUGUGAAGGUGGAAGGCUAUUGGAUUCAAUGUGGCCCCCAAGAACCCGUCACAAUUGAGAACUAUGUCCUGACACCUGCAGUAAAGGCAAACUUGAGAGACAUCUCGCGGGCUGUUGCGGCUGGUCGACCGCCAGUACUUCUGCAAGGUCCUACAUCAGUUGGAAAGACCAGCUUGAUCCGUUACCUGUCCUCCUUGACAGGUCAUGUAUGCAUGCGUAUCAACAACCACGAGCACACCGAUCUACAGGAGUAUUUAGGCAGCUAUGUAACCGGUAGCAACGGCCAGUUGGUUUUCCAGGAAGGUGUUCUAGUGACAGCCAUGCGUCAUGGUCACUGGGUGAUUCUGGAUGAACUCAACUUGGCACCGACUGAUGUCUUGGAAGCUCUGAACCGAGUACUGGACGACAACCGAGAGCUGGUCAUUCCAGAGACAGGGCAAGUUGUCAAAGCGCACCCGAAGUUCAUGCUGUUUGCUACUCAAAAUCCAGCUGGACUGUAUGGAGGAAGAAAGAUGCUGUCCCGUGCCUUGCGUAAUCGCUUUAUUGAGCUGCACUUCACGGAGAUGCCCAGCGCUGAGCUGAAGACCAUCCUGGAGAAGCUCUGCUCCAUUCCAGGCUCUUAUGCAGCCAGGAUGGUGGCAGUCAUGCAGGACCUUCAGACCAUGCGUAAAGGUUCGAGUGUCUUUGAAGGCAAGCAUGGCUUCAUCACACUACGUGACCUGUUUCGCUGGGCGGAACGUUACCGCCGGUCUCCCAAGUACGCUCAACUCUACGACUGGGACCAGCAUCUUGCUGAAGAUGGCUUCUUGCUGCUUGCUGGACGAGUACGUCGGCCUGAUGAGGAAGUUAUUAUCCGAAGUGUCUUGGAGAAACGCUUCAAGUGUAGCAUCGACACUGAUCGCCUGUUUGGCAACUGGUCGGCCAAGAGUUCUCCCGUGUUUGAAUCAAUGUCUCCAGCGACGAGGCCUGUACUGGAGGCAGCUGUGGGGCAUGCACAACAGUCUGAGAGUUUCAAACACUUGGUUUGGACACGUCCCCUUCGACGCCUAGUUGUCCUGGCUGGCCGUGCCAUGGAGUUUGAUGAACCUCUGCUGCUCGUGGGGGAGACUGGAUGUGGCAAGACCACAGUGUGUCAGCUGCUGUCCGAGCUGAGGAAACAGAAGCUCUAUUGUGUGAACUGUCACAUGCACUCGGAGGCUGGUGACUUCUUAGGUGGUUUGAGACCUGUUCGUGCGACUCAACCGGAUGAAGAGCCUAGCAAGUUGUUUGAGUGGCAAGAUGGUCCUCUUGUGUGUGCCCUGCUCGAUGGUGGAGCGUUUCUUGUGGAUGAAAUCUCUCUGGCUGAUGACUCUGUGCUGGAGAGACUCAACAGUGUUUUGGAGCCAGAGCGCUCGCUCCUUCUUGCUGAAAAGUCUAUGGAUGAGAGUGAUGUGGAUGGCAGUGCAUGUGAAGUGCGUGCUAAGGAGGGCUUCUGCUUUCUUGCAACAAUGAAUCCGGGUGGUGACUUCGGAAAGAAAGAGCUCUCACCUGCCUUGCGUAACCGUUUCACUGAAAUCUGGUGCCCAGAAGCUGACGAUUCUGCUGAUAUCUGCGCCAUUGUGGAUCUCAACAUUCGCGAUAUUAUCAUUAAAGAUCUUGGCCGUAUGCAGAAGAGUAUUGGUCAGAUGGUGGUUGACUUUCUACAGUGGCUCACGACUCACCAUGCGAAGCAAUUAACCGUCAGCAUCCGUGACCUACUCAGUUGGAUUACGUUCAUCAACGAGUUUGCACAGCCGCACUUGUAUGUACUAGUCGAGGAUAAUUACCGCCAACCCCUGCAAGCAUAUGUGCAUGGUGCAUGUCUUGUGCUCCUGGACUCGUUGGGAUCUUCUGAGCUGCGCCAGUCUUGCUUGGACUUUUUGAUGGAGCAGGUUGGCGAUUUAGGAGUCGAUGAGGAUUGUAUUCCUACCAACAUUGGCAAAGACACGCAUGGUCGAUUGAGUUGUGGCUCAUUCCACAUUGAAAAAGGUCCCAACACUGUAGUGUCUCCGCCAUUUGCACUGAAAGCUCCUACUACUUCGGAGAAUGCUCUGCGUGUGUUGCGUGCGUUCAAGUUGGAACGUCCAAUACUCCUGGAGGGCUCACCCGGAGUGGGCAAGACCAGUCUGAUAUCUGCCAUUGCCAAACAGACUGGCUACAAGAUGACCAGAAUCAACUUAUCCGAACAGACUGAUGUGACGGACUUGUUUGGUGCUGACUUACCCGUGGAGAAUGGUAAGGGUGGUCAGUUUGCGUGGAGGGACGGUCCCUUUCUCAGCGCAUUGAAGGAGGGCCACUGGAUCAUGCUGGAUGAGUUGAACCUGGCCUCGCAGUCUGUCUUGGAAGGCCUCAAUGCAUGCCUGGAUCAUCGCGGAGAGGUGUAUAUUCCAGAGUUGGGCAAGUCAUUCAAAGUCCAGCAUGGCUCAACGCGAAUCUUUGCAUGCCAGAACCCACUUCAACAGGGCGGCGGACGUAAAGGUCUUCCCAAGUCUUUCCUCAACAGGUUUACUCAGGUAUAUGUGGAGCCACUUACAGCCGACGAUCUUUUGUUCAUCGGUAAAGCCAUCUACCCUUCAAUUCCACAGGAAAUGCUGAAGAAUAUGAUCUCCUUCAAUGCCAAGGUUCACAAGGCAAUCAAUGUGGAGCGUUCAAUUAGCCUGUCAGCCGGCUUGUGGGAGUUCAACCUCAGAGAUGUGUUCCGUUGGUGCGAUCUUAUGAUGACAUAUCAGAAUGGAGGUCCACUCAGCCCAGGCCAGUUUGUUGACUUGCUGUAUGCGCAGCGAAUGCGACACCCGACCGACCGAAUGCAGGUGCUCAAGCUGUAUGUGGAGACGUUCAACUAUGCCAAGGAGACAUCGCUGUUUCACUUGGGCGGUUGCAUUCUCAUGUCACCAAGCAGAAUUCAGCUUGGUCAAGUGAUACUACCUCGCUCUGAAGAAAGGCCACCACCAUGUUCAUACACGUUCAACCAUGAGGAUAACUCCGCAUUGGAAGCAUUGGCCACAUCGUUGCAAAUGGGCUGGAUGACGAUUCUGGUUGGACCUUCUUCAAGCAGGAGGUCGGCUGUUAUUCGAACACUGGCGUACUGUUGUGGCCUGAAACUGGUAGAAAUGCCUGUCAAUAGUGCUAUGGACACCACCGAACUGCUGGGUGGAUUUGAGCAGGUGGAUAAUGUCAAGAAGUGGCUGGAGCUCAUUACAGAUGUUGAGCAUUUUGCACAGGAGUGUAUUCGGGAAGCGCUCUCUUACAGUGCUUUUCUGAACACUGCCCGUGAGGUGUGGGCCAAUCUGUCACCCACUUGCACUGAGAUUGAUAAGCUCUACACUGAGUUGACCUGUCUGAAGGCCAUGAAUCACCAAGAGCUGACCCCAGAGCACUUUCAGCAGUGUCAUUUUGUGCUCUACUGUAUUUCAUCUAUGCUGAAGGCAGCGGGAAUGGGAGGUGUCCAUGCGGCAAUUACUGUUUUGAAGGAGAAAUUGGACAGCUUGGCAUCUGUGCUUUCAUCUACGACCACCAUGGAUGCUGGCUGCUUCAAGUGGGUUGACAGUUUACUAGUUACUGCAGCUCGUCAAGGCCAUUGGAUUCUUCUCGAUAAUGCUAAUUUCUGCAGCCCAUCAGUUCUCGAUCGUUUGAACGCCAUGUUGGAGCCAGAUGGUGUGUUGACCAUCGAUGAACGUGGCUUGGAGGAUGGUGAAAUUGUCACCGUAAAGCCUCAGCCUAACUUCAGGCUGAUUCUGUCCAUGGACCCAAAGCACGGUGAGUUAUCCCGGGCUAUGAGAAACCGUGGGAUUGAAGUCUGCUUGCUUGACUCGUCAGCAGCAGAGGAAGACGAGGAUGAUGAUCAGAAGAAUGAUACAGAUCAGGAGAAUGAUGCAGAUGUUGAUAGCAUGGACGUGGAAGAGGAUUCUUGCAUGCCUGUUGCGGAACACGUGGCGGCAAUGGAUGAUGAGGAAGAAGAAGAAGACGAAGAAGACACCGAGGAUCACGAAGACGAUCGGCCUGCAUGGGAUCUCCCUCUGUCAACACAUUGCUCUGACAGUCAGCUGGCACGUGCUGUGCACGAGAGCAAUGUCUUGUCAAUGUUUGAUAUUGAACGAGAGGACAUCAAGAGCAAUGACUUGUUCAACAUGGCCCUGGACUUGUACAUCUUGCAAUCCACUGAUGAGGAUAUUGCUCUUCGCCGUGAAAUCAUCAACACCUGGUUUGCUGAAAUGAAACUGCCGAUUGAGGAAUUCGGCUGGGUCUCUGCUAGAUUUAAGAAGCCUUACGGGAUUGAGCACAAUCUAGCUCGUCUAAAACUAAACGAUGGGCUCGAUCCCAACUUGGGCCAGUUCUAUUUGCCUGCUGAUAUUUUCGAACACACUCAGACGGUCCACUACAUAGAUCAGGCAUUGGAAGAUCAUGAUGAUAUGGCUCCUGUGAUAUCAACGUCCAAGGCUGCUGUGAUGCAUGUCGAGUUACAUAGUCAGGAGCACGACGAGGAAAUCCCUCCGUUCAGCUUACAUGCACUCUCAAAACAACCGGAAGACGUACCUACUGUAGCAGGUGUGAAGCACCGUGCUAUUAUAUCCAAGAUUGCACCAUUGGUGGAGAGCUCCUUUGAUCUACUACGCGGCUAUAUCAGAGAUGAAGCAGCGUCAUUGACUGAGGCUGCAUUGGACGCGGCUAUGCGGGGCCUGUUCUGGCGGCGUCAGUUUGUGGCAUUUGUACGCCAGCCUGUUGGUUGGACAACAUUGGCGGAAAUGCUGCUCAUGUGGUCAUGGUUUGACAAACAUGUUGUCAGUCUUGUGAAUCGGGUGUGUCCUCAUGUCCCAGAGGAGUUCAAUGCAACAGUGAGGCAGAUGCGCACCCUGCUGCCACAAUACGAGCGGUGGGCGGUCAGCGGUGAAGAGUGGCCGUUACUGAUUGGACACCCUCCACCACUUUCCAGCAAGAAGGCUUCUGACUGUUGGAUAUCAUUGUACCGGUCCGCUGAUCAGCUAGUAUCUGCACUGACUGGUCGGACACUGUCAGUUGCUGCAUCCACCGGCAAGUUGCCCGAGCUUAAGCAGCUCUGGUUUACUUGUGUGGAACUGCUUCGCAACCUGUGGCUCUCCCUGCUGGUCAACAACCCUGUGCCAGAAGCAAUGGUCGAGAAGUGUCACUCGUGUUCUGACCAAAUCAAUAAAGCCUUAAUGGCUUGCCAUGCAGCUAAUGAAGAUGCGGCUAUGCUGGAUGCAUUGUCUGCCGGUCAGCACAUGGCUACGUCAGGACUGGAAGUGGAUUUGACAUCAUUUGCUUUGAUGAGUCCAUUUCUGAUGCAGGCUCUAAGAGCCAUUGUCACGAGGGUCACGAGCCUUGCAACUGUUCGACAUUGCUUACAAGACACAAUAGACGAAGGUUUGGGCCAAGACGAAGUAGAAGCGCUGACCGCAUACAUUGCACCCGUCAUCGGCUAUACACGCCAGUAUAGUGUGUUGGUCCCUGUGGUCAUCGUGGCUUUACUUGAGUCACUGCGUAGUCUUCUGCAAUCCAGUCAGGAUAUGAACACAUUAUCAUCCCGCUGCGGUCAUAUUCUGCCAGCAUUGACAUCCGCUGUCCUCUCUUGGAGUCAGCAGUACAAGCAAUCUGAUCUCAGCAAUGUGUCGCUGUCAUCUGUACUGUUCAACUUGUUUUCUACUAGUGAAGCAGCCAUGAAAUCGAGUAUCACUGGUCUAAGGAACGAUGUCAGUGGCAGUGCCAGCGGUAGUGCUAUUUCUCUGAAUGCAUUCUCUCUGGCUGCCCAGAGCAACAGUGAGCGCUUCUUGAACGAUUUCCAAUGGCACUUGUGGAUAAAUGCUGUGCAGGAGAGACAACGCCGAUGGACACAGAUCAAGGCCAACCUGCUUACUCAGUUCAUGCACAUUGUGGCUUUCAUCACAGAAGUUCCAAGCCAGGAGUUACACGAUACGCUGCAGGACAGCUUUGAUCAAUACCUGAACUCUAUUGCCAAUGCAGCCAACGAACCGUUUUUGUUUGACAAUAUCGACACGGACGCUUUUCAUGGCGACGAGCUCAGUGGAGCCACUGUCGAUGACCUUGAAGCGUAUGUGGGCGAUAUCCUGCAGGGCUUCAAUAACUUCAUGACAUUGGACUCAUGGAACGUGGAUCUGGGCGCUAGUGCCCGUGCAGCGCAGAUUUCCAUCAAGAUGAGCUUGUUCAAGAUGAGGCUAGUGACUCCUUGUGACCAGGUGGACCCAGCUGUUCGGCGGACAUUGUGCAUUGAUCACUGCCAGCAAAUGUCCGCCACAUUGAGAUGUCAACGCGAGCUACAGCGUGCAUUCGACAUGCUUAGAUUUGGAAGGAACAGCUCACUAUACGCUCUUGUUUGUGAGCAACUGUAUCAGGAUCAGCAUGGCUGUGUAGCAUUGUCUCCGUUCGCAAUGAAUCCAUUCAAGGAGAAACGGCUGCACCAGCGCAUGUUGGCCGUCGCUGAACUAGUUCAGGAGAAUAAACAGAGUGCAAUAUACCGUCCUGAAGCCGAUGGUUAUAGUUCGCUCGUGCAGACUAUGACAAGUUUCAAGGAGCUGCUGGCAGACUCUCAGAAAAUCGAUCUGCUGUUGAACCCAUUGUGUACUGCCCUGAGUGAAGGUGUGGUGGCAGACGAUGUAGAGCACGUGCAGAAUGCGCUACAAGCAGCCCAGACUUGGCAACAGUCUGUACAGCAGUUCUGCAGCACCAUGCAGCACUCAUACGCACAGUAUGCUGAUGUGGCUGAGCCUUGUGUUGCCGCUGCUAAUGAGAUAAGUGAUGCUGUCCAAUGGGUGAUGGACGAGUGCAAAGAGAAAUACGGCACCUGGAAUUUGGGAAAGGGCUACGUUGUGCUGGAGAAGGCCCUGUGCACUUUCCCUCUUCCUCCGAACAGUUUCUUCCACAGGAACACUAUUCAUGCAGAAAAGCUUCUUGCGGAUGGCUUGCUCAACCUACGGUUACCAUCAUCUGCAAGGACAAGUUGUCUUGUGUCAGCAUUCUCUCACAUACACCUGGGUGUUGUGCUGAACGGCUCGUUGACCAAGUACCAGUCGUUGUUACGCAAGGUCCAGCGUGCAGUCGCUGACCUGUGGUGGCAGGUGAAAGCAGAAGAGAUCAAAAAGGCAGAGGAAGAAGCUGAAAUGUACAAGAGGAAGGGUCAGUCUCAUGGUGAUUCACUAGCUGAAGUGGAAGAGGCUGUUGAGGAGAAUCUGCGCUCAAUGUUCCCGACCUUUGAUGGCGACUUUGAGGACUUGAACCAGCCAUCUAGCUUUGAGAAUAGCGCACCAAAGCAACAGCCACCUUCCUCGGCUGACAGCUCUGCUGAUGUUGGUGGUGCUAAGCCGCUUUUGUUCCAGACUUCCGACAUGCAUCAUAUGUGUGUCAUGCAUGAGAAGAUAGUUCUGGAGCGUGCCACUACUGUUGACACAGCUGUUGUCAGUAACUCCACCGUCGAACUUGUUCGUGAUGGCUUCAAUGCAGCGUGCCGUCUGAAUGAAGCUAGACUACGUACCUAUGCUGAGACAUCUGCAGAUGGAAGUCUCACGUGUGAUGUUGACGAUGCCCUGAGAUUACCCGCUCUACUGGUGUGCCAUAACACACGCAAAACACUGUCCAAACCGGCUCCCAUUGCGCAGUCCAAGCCGUCUCAGGUAGCUAUUCCGUGUGCCCAAGAUACGAAAACAAGCUAUGACAUCUAUCACGACCCCAAUCCGGCGGAAGUGCAGCUAGCACAGCCUGUGCUCACUCAAUUCCUUGAUGCUGUCAACAAAUUUCUUGAGCAAUGGCCGGAGCAUCCUGCAUUGUUGCAGCUGACAGUUGUCAUCCGAAGGGUGCUGUCAUUCCCACUUCAAAGCUCGCUUAUGAAGGUUCUUCAAGGCUUAGAACUUCUCUUGCAGAAAUCUCAGGACUGGGAAUCUUAUGCUGCUCGUGCAGUAUCUCUACAGACACACAUUGAAGCUGUUACUGAUCUGAUUCUUCGCUGGAGGCGUCUAGAAUUGAAGUUUUGGCCUUCCAUUUUGGAGACGUGUGCUCAUCGUGUUGCGGCUGAGGCUAGUCGCUGGUGGAUGCAUCUUAAUCAACUGCUGUUUUCUGACGAUGAAGACAAGGAUCUUGAUGCCACCAUGGAAGCAGUGCAGACGUUUAUUGAGGCUUCACCUGUCGGAGAGUUCCCAUCGCGACUCCGCAUGCUCAAGACCUUCUACACUCAGAUAGUAGCAGAUAAGCGCCGGCAUUAUGAAUCGCUGUGUCCCAUACUGUGGAACGCUUACCACUACUACAGUCAGUUCACACCGGAAGUCUGUCAGUGGGUACAGCACAAGAAAACACCACUGGAAAAAGAGCUCAAGGGCUUUGUUCGAAUUGCAAGGUGGAAUGAUGCCAACUACUGGGCCAUUAAGCAGGCGACAGAGAAAACGCACCGCAAGCUCCACUCCUAUGUGGUGAAAUUCAGGAAUAUCCUGGCGGAACCAGUGAGCACAGUCCUGCGAACCAGCUCAGUCCUAGCUAUCUCCUCUGACCAUGCGGAUGUCAAACAAGAACCUGGGACUUCUGCGCAGCGACCUAUCGGGAAAUUCACCGCAACACCUUCAACAUCAAUUGAUGCGGCAACUUUGGAAGAUCCCAGCAUGUCUGAGCUCGUGAAGCGGCUUCCAUCCCUCUCAGCUCGUACUGUAAAACUGCAGGAACGACUAUGGAAAAAAUGCCCGCAUCAUCAGCUGACUGAGAGUGUGGACGAGUUUGCUGGUGAGAUUGCAUCUACUAUCCAGCACCUGCAAGACUUACCAGUUGAAGGAAGUACCCCGGAAGAACGCACAAAGUCGUUCAAGCGCAUCCUCGUACAGAAGCGCAAUGCACUCACAAGUCUCUUCAAGGCCUCCAAAACGAUUGGUCUGUCUUUCCGCAAAGGAGUUCGCUUGGCGGCUACGAUCCUGGACGAGCACACUUUGAGACUGCCAUGUCUCCUUGAACCAAGCAACGCCCUGCUACUGGGUGCUGGGCCGUAUCCAGAUGACCUACAGAGUUGCAUUGGCUAUGCAGAUUCCGUGUGGACAGGUUGUCAUAAGUACUUCAUGCGCUGUGCAACGCGAUCACCUGCAUUGGAGAUUGCUCUGUCAUCACCGUCCAAAGAACUAACACGUGUGGAGCUGGAGAGGUGCCGUGGCUUGGCAGCUCACCUGUAUUCUCUCCUUCAUGAACAGCGUGAAUUGGCAUCAGGUUUUGUCAAGCAACUGAAAAUCACAAGCAUUUGGUCGUUGAUCCUGUCCGAACUCAAAGACUACUCUCCGGAAUUGUUAGCAUCCACUGAAGCAAGGGACUACUCCACACGUGUGGAGUUAACCAAGCGGCUGACAGAGUGCUCUCUCCAGUCAUUGGUGGACAUGCAGCUGUUGCUUGCUUGUUGCCCAGAGAGCUCAUCGGAAGAGUCGAGUCACCCUACGCCUCUCCACCCAGAGGAUAUACCGCGUCUGCAGCGUGCCGAUGGCAGAGAGCAUGUUGAGCGCGUGUCGCGCCAAGUCUCCGAAUGGCUGACCACGCUGAACAAUCACCUGACAGAUGUGCGCGUUGUAUAUCAGGAGAUGAACCUUGUACGGGAGAUGGCGGGACACUCUGCAGCGAACAUAUUCGCCUGGCGUAAGAGGGGUCCCAUUGAAGCGGCCGAGAGCUUCCUGGCAACGCUCAAGGAUUCAUCUGGAGAGCUCAUUUCCGACUUGGUUAACGGUGAUAACUAUGGAAUUCUCAAGCCACUAAGUACUCUCCAGUCAUUCCUUGCUGGCUUAGUACCCUUUCAGAGCCAUUCAAAUAGCCCAGUGGACUAUGACACCUCAUCCGAAAGCGAGGAGGACUUCUACGAAGACCUGGACAAGCUUGCCAAGCUAUUGUUGCUUGCUACGCAGAAGCUACACAACCUGUGGAUAUCUCCUGAUGCAACGGCAUCAACUUCAGGCGCUUCUCAGGCUGCCAGAGAUAGAGAGGGUCCUGGUAUUGAUGAGAGGAACCAGGGCAGUGAUGUGGAAGAUGCGGCUGAGGACAGUGAUGGUGUUUAUGACUCCGACUACCAAGAAGACCUGCUCACAACCAAGUCUAUCACUGGACUGGAGGCUGCUAUCCGAUGCAUUGACUUGUUCAAGCUCCGUGAUUUGUGUGAGAAUCUCAUGCUGAGAAUUGCAGCUGAGAUUUAUGGUGGAGCUGAUGCUGACACCGUGAAAACCAAGGUCGAUGCGCUUCUCCUUUGCCAGUCUUCGCUGGCGACAGUGAUACAGUGUAGUCAUCGCCUGUACAUUGAACUUCUCUCGCUGCACCGUGCGUCUGCCAAGCUGCUCUCCGUCAUGCAGGGAGUAUUCCUGGAGCUUGCCAGCAAGGGCUUUUGCCGACCUGAUGAAGUGGAGUUUGGAGAAGGCAAAGGUGGUGCACAGGAGUUUGAAGAUCUAGAAGGGACUGGUCUUGGUGAGGGCCAGGGUAUGAAGGAUGUCAGCAAUGAAAUCGAAACAGAAGAUCAGCUGGAGGAUAGCCACCAGGCAGGCAAGGAAGAAGAGAAGAAGACAGAUGAGGGUGAUGAUGAUCCUAUCAAAGAAGAAGAGGACGGCAUAGAGAUGAGUGAAGACUUUGAAGGCCAGAUGCAAGACGCUGAUGACACACAGGAAAAGGAAGGUGACGAGGACAACGAUGAAGACACCGAGACUGAAGACGAUCUUGAAAAGCAGAUGGGUGACGUUGACGAGUUUGGAGAAGAGCAACUUGAUGAGCGCAUGUGGGGAGAUGACUCCGAUGAUGAGCAAGACCAAAAGGAUGGCAAAGACGAAGAAGAGCAGCACGGUGGCGAAGAAACAGGAGAGGAAGCACAAAUGGUCGCCAACGUUGAUGUGUCCGAAGAGGGCAAAGGUCAACGCAAGGAUGACAAGCAUGGUGCUGAUGACGAAGAAAAUGAGGAUCCAGACGACAAGCCGAAGCCGGAAGAUGAUGGCAGUGAUGUCAAUGAACAGGUCAUGGAGCAAGAUGGUGACAACUCGGGUGAUGAGGUUGAUGAUCGGCAAGACCCAUUGACCAACCAGCCUAACGACGUUCCUGACAAUCUAGACCUGCCUGACGAUCUGGAUCUCGAAGAUGAAGCUGACGGUGACGAUGGCGAAGAUCGCAACGCUGAGCCGAAUGAGGAGGAGGACAUGGACUGUGAUGAUGAAGAAGAGUCCAAGACUGAAACUCAGGCUGAAGGCAGUCCCAAUCCUGAGCUGGAGGCAGAAGAAUUUGAUCCAGAUAAGAAUGACGAGGAAGCGGGUCCUAAUAACAAUGAUGAGACAAAUGCCAAUGAGAACACUGGAGAACACGUCAUUCAGGACGGUGCUCAGUCAUCUGCCCAAGAUCAGGCUAUGAAUAGCGAGGAGACUGCAGCCGCUGAGGAGCAGCAGCAGAACAUGGAUGAGGACAAUAGCGGCAAGUCAGCUAACCAACGUCAGGUUAUGGACAGUCAAGAUGGGCAAAUGAGUGUAGAUUCUGCCCCAGUAUCACAGGCCAACCCAAGUGACAAACUUCCUGAUCAGGCUCAGCGGCGACGGGACCGAUCAGCUCACGAUCGCAGCCAGAUGGAAGAGGAGGAAAACCCAGCAAAGCGACGUAAGAUGACCGAUUCAGCACAGAAGUCGGAAGAGCAGAGAGCGAGGGAUGAUGAGAUGGAUGAGGCUGACCUUCAUCGUCAUGUUGGUGAUGACGAGGAGCAUUCGGUUCAAGAUGUUGCGGCACUGGAUGCAGCGAAUGCCAACGAGUCUAAGCAAAUAGCAAAGAAGGAGAAAGAGUUGACUGGGGAGGAGGCGGAUGGAGUAGAUGAAUCCAAACUCCAGCCUCAGCACGACGAUGACGAUGUUGAGGAGAAAAGUGACAUUCCUGCACAGCUCAAGAAGGAGUCUGUUGAGCAUGGUAACAAGCAGAAAAAGAGUGACGGAAGCGUUGCGGACAACGCAGAGCAGGCGUCUGGCUCUGAUGCAGAGCAGGAAAAAGAAGAACCAGAGAGCACAAGAGAGAACAAGAGCUUUGCUUCUGCAUCCAGGCUGGAUGAGGGUGAUGUUAUUGAUAUGGCAACCAUGGAGAAACUUCGAGCAGAGCUGGAGCAUCAGCUUAGCACAUGGUCAUCACCCGCUACUACUGAAGAACUAUCGCCUGCUGCUGCAGCUCACCUAUGGCAUCAGUAUGAGGUAGUGAGCAGUCGCCAUGCACAGACCCUAUGUGAGCAGCUCAGACUGGUCUUGGAACCAACAAUGGCGGCAAAGCUCAAGGGUGACUAUCGCACUGGUAAGCGAUUGAACAUGCGAAAGGUAGUCGCAUACGUUGCUAGCCAGUUCCGCAAGGAUCGCAUAUGGCUAAGACGCACCAAACCCAGCAAGCGCCAGUAUCAGCUCCUACUCGCUGUCGAUGACUCUGCCAGUAUGACGGACUGUCAUGCAAAGCAGAUGACAUUUGAAGCGCUGGCUGUUGUAACCAGUGCACUGCGCUGGCUGGAAGCUGGACAAGUCGGUGUUUGCCGGUUUGGAGAGACAGUGGACUUACUGCAUCCUCUGCAAGAAACAUUCUCUGAGGAGUGCGGAGCUCGCCUGCUUCAGAACCUCACCUUUCAACAGAAGGAAACCUCUUUCAAACAGCUACUGACGUUUUCAACGUCACUGCUGACAUCAGCCAGAGCACAACAAGGCUCAACACCAACGUCUGUUCCGGGACAGCUGUUGAUUAUUCUGUCAGAUGGGCGUGGUGUGUUCCGCGAAGGAAAGGAGGCCGUGAAGCGAGCUGUACGUACGCUGAUCCAACAUGGCAUAUUCGCUGUAUUUGUCGUGUUAGACAAUGUCGGGAACAAGGAUUCUGUCAUGGAUAUCAAGCAACUCAACUUUGCUCAAGGCUCCAAGCCUGUUGUGACGGGUUACAUGGAGGACUUCCCCUUCCCGUUCUACGUUGUCUUGCGGGAUAUCAACUCACUGGCUGACGUUCUGGGCAGCGCCAUGAGGCAGUGGUUCGAAAUGCUGUCUGUUGAGCACCAGUAAUCCACAUCUCUGCAUCUCAUUCAAAAAUCCCUACAGCUCUGUUUUCCCACUAUGUGUUGUGCUGUGCAUGAUCAUCUCAACCAGGGUCAGCAUAAUUAUACAUGUAACGGUACAUGCGUUUUCCUUGCAUAGGUCUAAUAAUCUCAUUGUUGAUGCUCCUUCCCUUGUGGACACUAAAUCAACUACUGCUUCUUCUUCUUCUUCUUCUUCUUCUUCUUCUUCUUCUUCUUCUUCUUCUUCUUCUUCUUCUUCUUCUUCUUCUUCUUCUUUUUUAAUUUAAAAAUCAAUAAUCCUCGUGAUUUUGGUACAGCUAUUCUCUCCAUGCAUGUGCACUGCCAGCAUAUCACAUGGAGUUGCAUGCACACUAACCCGGCUUGGUUCCAGGUAGAGUUUGUCUUGAAACAAGCAUUUUUUCUUUCUUUCGCAGGCUGCUCUUUUUCCUUUUCUUGAGCCAUUGAUGGAUGCUCGAUUCCACAGUUUGUGUGGGUUUUUUAAUUAAUGUACUGGUCUUGAGGGCACUUCUUGUCCAUGCCUGCAAACCGGUUAUUUGUUCCAGUGUUUCAGUUUCAUACUUCUACCUGAACUCAGAAUGUAUUCUCUUUCAUGAUCCAUUGGCUCCAAAGCAUAAAAACUACUCUAAAGUUAGAUGCCCGAUGUGUUUACUACUAUUCAUUGUAGUUUAUUCACAUGUGCACCCUCAAUGAAAUCCAAUUUCGCCGAUAAG